AUGAAGCAAGAACUGAAGACUUUGCAGGACGGGUUGUUGCGAUUGAAGUCUGUAUUGGCAACGCGUCGGGCGCGCAAGUCUGAGGCGAAUCGGUCGUUGCGGGCGGCGCCGGGUGCCGACGAGACGUCGUCUGGAGUAUGCGAAAGCGAAAGCAAGUUGAUGAGUCGAAUCGACGCGGUGCACCGCCAGUUGGCGGUUUUGUCGGAGAUGUCGCGGUCGCCGACAUCGCCGGCCAUGUCGCCGCCGUGUUUGAAACGGCGGGCCGCCCGCGGUCUUGAAUUGCGAGGUCUGGACCUCGCUCUGGAUGACGUGUUGGAGCCGACGGGAGGCGGGAGGCUGAAAGACGGCGAACCAGUGGAAACAACGUCUGACGGCGAACUCGUCCGGCGGCCGCGUGUUGAGGGGAGACUCAUGCGGCCGUUGCCCGAGGUUCCCGGUUCGAUUCCAGGUUCUGCCUCAAAUCCCGGUCUGGGUAUGGGUCUGGGUACAGGUCUCACUGGGCCGAAAUCUCUCGGUCCGAAAUCUCUCGGUCCGAAAUCUCUCGGUCCGAAAUCUCUCGGUCCGAAAUCUCUCGGUCCGACGAAAUCCCUCAAUCCGACGAAAUCCCUCCUCGGGGCGGGGCAGAGUAACCUGCUGGACCCGAGUGGCUUACUCGAUCCCGGCGGCUUACUCGAUCCCGGCGGCUUACUUGAUCCUGGCGGUAACGGUGUGUCGGUGGUAUCUGCCUCGGGUGGCGGUUUGCUGGACCCCGGUGGCAAUGGGUUAUCUGGCAAUGGGUUAUGUGGCAUUCCGGGUGAUAGGUCGUGUGGGGAAGGUGGGUCGUGUGGGGAAGGUGGGUCGCUAAGUGGAGUGAGGUUAGCGCAAGUGGAGUCGGAUUUAUUGAAUGAGUGUGUAGAGCGGAAGAAACUGGAGGCCAUAGUGCGUGCGGUGUUGGAUGCGAGUAAUCUGAACACGGUUCCUACGGAGGAAGAAGAGGAUGAGUUGUUGGGUGUGUUGAAUCGUGGUAGUGUUGCGGAGAGUGCAUUGGAAGCAUUAAGUGUAGAGCAAUUGAGGCGCACAUGUCGACACGUGUUAGAAGACCUCCAGGUUUUGGAGAUGGAGGCACAGAAGAACAAGAGGAUAGAGGUGGAGGUGGAGGUCGUGUUGCGCAGUUUACGAGACAUGAGUCUGACGGUGGAGAAACUACAAUUGGGCGAGGGCGCAGCGGCGUUAUGGGCGGACCAGGCGUUGAAGAUACGUGCUUUAUCUCAGAAGAAUAAACUGCUCAAGGCCGAUCUGGCCUCUCUUAAAGACUUGGUUGAAGGAAAGGUCUUCGUUCUCGCCGGUGGUCAAAAUGCACUGGAACAAGGUCUGGCUGCUCUACGUCCGCCGUUAAGCAAACAAACCGCAUCCACCAAAGCCUCUCUUAACGAUCUUACCGUCGUCGCCACUCUCGAUCAAGACACGCCCUACAAACCUGUUGUCGGCGAUGAAACUGAUGAACGUGUCGCCGCCGUAUUGAACAAGGAACGCAACCUACAAGUCUUACCCACACGUGUCGGACCUCAUGGCCUCUAUCUAUUCGGCACUCUAGAGAUCCGAAUUAUUCUCUCCACACGCAGUCGCACCCCACUAGUCUUCCAUGGUGGACUGAAGUACAGUCUUAAGAAGUUCAUCUCUCUCUUCCAAGCCGAGGAGUAUCGGAAGCUACAUCAAAUCGAAAUGGCGCGCAACGACACUUCGAGAAAUGACACUUCGAGAAAUGACACUUCGAGAAAUGAUACCUCGAGGAAUGAUACCUCGAGGAAUGACACGUCUUCGCGCAACGAACGGACCGUCGGCAGCGGCAUUCCAGCAAGCACACCUAGCAGUGGUAUCACCGCCGGACUCCGGAACCCCGGCGGCGGUUCACGAUAUGUACUGCCGAGCAUAGAUUCGGCAUUACCCGCGGAAGGGAGCAAGGACCUCCGCACCGUUUCUACGGCCGCGCCACCAUCCUCAGCAGCGCCGCCCUCUUCCACCGUGCCUCAAACUACAACACUACCCCAUAUUGUUACCGACGACUACUACCUCGGCGAAAUGCCGCUCAAUAAACACACCUCCGAACGCACUUGGGGCCGAGGUCGCGCAGCCGAAGAACGACCCGGCGACAUGGUCCGGAACGGCGAUCCCCGUCCCGCACCCCUCCCAAACCGGAGACAUAAUCGCAGUCGCGAACGAAGCCUUGGCCGAGAUCGAGAACAAGAACGAGAGGAAGCUGCUGGAUCUCGAGACCGGGAACGAGGAGAUGACGUUACUCGGUCCCGGGCUCUGACGUCGCCUGCAGCGCGACGCGCCGACGACAUACGACUCAACGCCUUUACGCAACACUCCCCCGCGCGAGGACUCAUCCUCCGCAACUCGCCGUCCGACGCGCGGCGGGUACUGAACUCUGAUGUACUCUCUCAGUCGCCUAGCGGCGGUCUCGGGGGUUCCGGAGGUCUCGGGGGUUCGGGAGGUUUGGGCGGUCCGGGUAGUCAAGGUCCGGGCAGCCAGACGCUGAGUGCUAGCCAUGUGUCUCCGGCACGGCCGCCGGCAGGAUUCACCAAUACGCUCGGGCCGCAGCGGUACAAACCCGGUUUCGGACAAAUGCCGGGUUACCGAGCCGGUGGUGCUAAUGUGCAGUGGCAAAUGCAGCAGCAAGUACAACAGCAGGUGCAACCUGCCGUGGGGAUGCCGGGGGCGGGGUUGCAUCAACAAAUACGACAGCCGCCCAGCGGGGGCCUGCAACAACAGCUGGCCGUGCUGCAGCCCGGUUUCACCCCCUCACGUGGCUGGCAAGGCGGCUACGUUGUCGGCCCCUCCUCCACCGCCCUCCCGCAAAGCAACGCCUUAGGACUCAGCACUCCCGGUUCCUUCGGCAGCCCGCAUCAGACCCCCUCGCCCUGGAGACCCUCGGAACCCACCGGCGGCACACCCAGCUCGCCGCUCCAACGACCAGGUUAUCGCCACCCCGGAAACAUCUUUCCGACCAACUGGUGA